AUGGACAAGCUCUCUGCCAAAGACUUUACCACCUCACGAGGUCCCGACUACCAUUACUUCAUUUCGGAUGCCAAAUCUGCAGACAUCUCGAAGCCAGCGCUGGUCUUUCUGCAUGGAUGGCCAGACAGCUCAGCAUUAUGGGAGUCUGUCGCCCCAAACUUCAUCGAGCUUGGCUACCGAGUCCUCGUCCCUGACCUUCUAGGCUAUGGCGGAACCUCAAAACCCACUGAUGUCGAAAUCUUCACCGGCGCUCUUCAGGCCAAAGACAUCAUCGAAAUCUGUGAUAAUGAAGCUAUCGACAAGAUUAUUCCAAUCGCGCACGACUGGGGAUGCUCAGUUGGAUCAAGGCUUUGGCUCUUCCACCCAGAUCGAGUCGUGGGCAUUGUUCAUAUUUCCGUACCGUAUAUGCCGCCGACCGGCAUUGAAGGGCCAUUGGACCUGGAUAAAAUCAACGAUAUGGUGGAAGCCGCGUAUGGGUUCCGGAGAUUCGAGUAUCAGACUUUCUUUGUCACCGACGAGGCGCCUAAGAUAUGGGAGGAGCAUCUCGAGAGUGCUUGGACGAUCAUGCAUGGGGAUUCUAAGGACCAUAUGAAGACAAUGUUCUGUACUCCAGGUCUCAUGCGACAGUAUCUCCUAAAUGACACCAAAACACCGCUCAAGCCGUAUGCUCAGAACGCUGAUUUGAAGGAUCGUUGGAUUGCGGAGAUGAAGAAAGGAGGGUUUGCCUCGCCCUUCACAUGGUAUCGUUCUCACCAGGCAAAUGUCAAUGGUGCGGUAGAAAAGGACUUUCCAAAAGAGCGAAUCGUUGUCAACGUGCCGUUUCUGUACAUCUCUCAGGACGAGGAUCAGGUCUGCAUUGGGAAAGACAUUUUACGCUCACAGGAAGCUGGUCUUUUGCCGGAUCUGGCUUGGAAGGAGAUUCAGCAGUGUGGACAUUGGGCGCCGCUGGAGAAGCCUGAGGAAGUGACCAGUCUGGUCAAGGAAUGGUUGAGUAGCAAAAGGCUGUAG